AUGCACUUCAACAUCCUCCUCACUCUGUCCACCCUGACAGCUCUGAGCAGCAACGCCGCAGCCCAAAUCUCCAUCGGUCUCUUCAAUGGCCUCGGUGCACUGGGCAGUCAAGGGGUCCCAUCCGGCCAGAUCCCAACCCCAUCCAGCACGCCUAUCCCCACCCUGCUGAAGAUGCUGGCCACGCUAACCGCGUCUCCCUUUACGGCACCUAGCUACAUGUUUCUGACCUCUUUUGGGCAAAUGGUACUUUGGUUUCCGUCCUUUUAUUGA